AUGCUUCUAAGAUUUCGUGGUCCUGAUGGGACAGUCCGUAUUACUGUUGAAGCAGAUGAAACUUUUGGUCAACUCGGCGAUAAGCUUGUAAAACUUCUACCAGAGAACCUCGAUCCGAGGACUUUAACACUUUCGAAUGCACCGAGUGGUGGAGAGGUCAAACCUCUUAUGGAGAUUGCGAGAGCCAAAGUUUCGCAGAUUGGUCUCAAAAAUGGUGAUAUGGUAUUCAUUAAUUACAAGCUCUUGGAUAGUCUCUCAAAUGGCAAUUCUACUACUUCCAUCUCAGCCCCCCUUCCAUCACAUCUCACUCCUUCAACAAAUCGUUUAAACGGAAAUGCCGUUCUACCGGAUUCAAUACCUAUCGAUAUUCCUGCUCAAGAAGUAACAUCGCCCCUCGAAAAAAUCAAGAACCCCUGGGAAAUCGUUCAACAAUCCGAUCUCGAUAAUAGGUUAGACAAGAAGGAUGGGAAAAUUCCUAGGAAGAAGGAUCAGAAAAUGUGUCGACAUGGUGAGAAAGGAAUGUGCGAUUACUGCAUGCCGAUGGAACCAUUCAACGCGGAGUACCUGGCCGAAAGAAAAAUCAAGAAUCUCUCGUUCCACUCAUACCUGCGAAAGAUCAACUCGGCCACCAACAAGCCAGAGUUAGGAAGCUCUUUUAUGCCACCGUUAACUGAGCCUUAUUAUCGUGUGAAGAAGAAUUGUCCCUCAGGACACCCUCAGUGGCCAGAAGGUAUUUGUACAAAGUGCCAACCUAGCGCAAUCACUCUACAGCCGCAGGCAUUCCGUAUGGUGGAUCAUGUUGAAUUUGCGGAAGCAAGCCUUAUCGAAAAUUUGCUCAAAUUCUGGAGAUCUACAGGCGCACAACGUUUUGGAUAUCUAUACGGUCGCUACGAAGAGUAUACAGAGGUACCGCUGGGAGUCAAGGCCGUCGUGGAAGCCAUCUACGAACCACCACAAGUCGACGAACUCGAUGGCGUAACCUUGAACGAAUGGGAAUCCGAAAAGGAUAUCGACGAGAUGGCGAGAUUAUGCGGCUUGGAAAGAGUCGGAGCUAUCUGGACUGAUCUAAUCGACUCGGGCGCAGGAGAUGGCGUUGUCAUAUGCAAGAGACACAUUGAUUCAUACUUUUUAUCAUCGCUGGAAAUUGCAUUUGCAGCACGUUUACAAGCACAGCACCCCAAGCCGACAAAAUGGAGUGAUACCGGCAAAUUUGGUUCGAAUUUUGUUUCUUGUGUAGUAACAGCCGAUGAGACCGGAGGAAUUGCCAUAUCUGCCUAUCAAGUCUCAAACUCCGCCGUGGAAAUGGUUCGAGCAGAUAUCGUCGAACCCUCCGCUGACCCUGCUGUGAUGAUCGUUCGCAGCGAAGGAGAUGAUGAUUCUGACACAAGCGCAAGAUACAUUCCCGAAGUCUUCUUCCGAAAGAUCAACGAAUAUGGUAGAAGUGUUCAGGAGAAUGCCAAGCCAUCUUUUCCAGUUGAAUAUUUACUCGUCACAUUGACUCACGGAUUUCCUGAUGAGCCCAAACCAGCAUUUAUGGCUAAGAGCUUUUUCACUAUCGAAAAUCGUUUGGUCAUUGGUCAGGAACAAGAUAUCAAAGACGUUGGCAAGCAAUUGGGGCUUGACAAAAAUGGACAGCUCACCCAAUCCAGCGAUGGUGUCCUCGCAGUAUCUGACUUCCAUCUCCUCUGCUUCAUAUAUAGUAUGGGCAUUCUAAGCAAAGAAGAGAUGGCACUUCUCUGUCGCGUGGCCACACAACACGAUUUAGCAGAUGGAUAUCAAUUGAUAAAAACACCUGGAUGGGCAACUUUCCUUGCAAUUUUACAAUCGACUGGUGAGCGACCCCCAAAACGUCAGUCGCCGUGCGACGACGAUGGUUCUGCAGAGCGUCUUGCUAAAAGGGUUGGCGGGGUUCCUGAUCGUCAAAAAUGUUUCGGAGAACCACUACUGUGUGACGAAAGCAAGUGUAUAGGGCUGGGGGGGAGAGUAGGAGAUUUGGCACGAAGCUUCAGUGAUUUCUUCGGGACACAGGGUCCUUCAGGAGGAGGGGAAGCAAAGCAUCGCAAGACAGACAUAUUCGUCUUGAGAUGUACGGCAUAUUGA